UGAAGCGAACUAAAAAAAGAAGAAAAUAUAAAGAGAAAAUAGUGUAGGAAGGAAAAAUGUCCGAAAUUUACGUCUCCGCGACCGCAUCAUCGAUUUCCCUUUGCGCUGUCUUCGUAUUUGGCUGACAAUUGCUAUUUACAAAAGCGAAAAAGGGUGUUGAGAGAGUGCUGAGAUCGACACAGACACACAGAUUCAACCAAAGUCGUAGUCUGUGUGCGCCAAAUCCAUCGAAUCAAAUCGUAAGUCGUGUUGAUUUUGGUGUUGGGCACAUCCGAGAAAUCUGUUUUUUCCCUUUUCGAUCAAUCUCCUUUGCUUUUCACUCCGAUUUUUAUAUUACAUCUUUCAACCUCAUCGAUGCGGAAGUACGCUCGCGUUACCGCCACUGUUGGCGAUCUUCUCAAGCGCUCCCUCCGGUCUCCUCCCCAUUCCCAUUCCCAUUCCCGAUCACGCCUCUUGUCAUCUUCCCCCAUUCUCGAUCACCCCUCUUCUUCUUCAUCCAUGUCGUCCCCUUCCAAUCCCGCUCAGCCGCUUUCAGUCGCCACCAUUAACGCCAAGGUGCUCAAAUGCGAGUAUGCUGUCCGAGGUGAGAUCGUCACGCUUGCCCAGAGAUUGCAAGAGGAGUUAUUGGCUAAGCCUGGUUCACAUCCUUUUGACGAGAUACUUUACUGCAAUAUUGGAAAUCCUCAUUCCCUUGGUCAGCAGCCAAUAACUUUCUUCCGUGAGGUUCUUGCAUUGUGCGAUCAUCCUGCUAUUUUGGACAGAAGUGAAACACAGGGUUUGUUCAGUGCUGAUGCCAUUGUGAGAGCUUGGCAAGUUCUAGAUCAAAUACCUGGAAGAGCAACUGGUGCAUAUAGUCAUAGUCAGGGUAUCAAGGGUUUACGUGAUACAAUUGCUGCUGGAAUUGAAGCUCGUGAUGGAUAUCCUGCUGAUCCAAAUGACAUUUUCCUGACAGAUGGUGCAAGCCCAGCGGUCCAUAUGAUGAUGCAAUUGCUUAUAAGAUCAGAGGGGGAUGGAAUUCUAUGUCCAAUUCCUCAAUACCCUUUGUACUCUGCUUCAAUAACUCUCCAUGGUGGCACUCUGGUCCCAUACUAUCUUGAUGAAGCAACAGGGUGGGGAUUGGAAACUUCUGAGCUUAAGAAGCAACUGGAGGCUGCCAAGUCCAAGGGUAUUAAUGUUAGGGCAUUGGUGGUAAUAAAUCCUGGGAAUCCCACAGGACAGGUCCUGGCUGAGGAUAAUCAACGGGCGAUUGUGGAAUUUUGCAAACAAGAAGGCCUUGUGCUUCUUGCAGAUGAGGUAUAUCAGGAAAAUGUUUACGUUCCUGAUAAGAAGUUCCACUCGUUUAAGAAGAUCUCCCGGUCUAUGGGCUAUGGCAAUGAGGAUUUCUCAUUGGUAUCUUUUCAGUCAGUCUCUAAAGGUUAUUAUGGCGAGUGUGGAAAAAGAGGUGGUUACAUGGAGGUUACUGGAUUUAGUGCUGAGAUAAGAGAACAGAUAUACAAAAUGGCAUCAGUGAAUCUGUGUUCUAAUAUUUCUGGCCAGAUUUUGGCAAGCCUUGUAAUGAGUCCUCCAAAGGUCGGAGAUGAAUCCUUUGAAUCAUACUGUGCAGAGAAGGAUGGAAUACUCUCUUCCCUGGCAAGGCGUGCAAAGGCACUAGAAGAGGCUCUUAACAACUUAGAAGGUGUGGAGUGCAAUAAAGCCGAAGGGGCAAUGUAUCUCUUCCCACGUAUUUACCUGCCUGAAAAGGCAAUCAAAGCAGCCGAAGCUGCCAACACAGCCCCUGAUGCAUUCUAUUGUCGUCGCCUCCUUAACGCCACUGGCAUUGUUGUCGUACCAGGUUCUGGUUUUGGUCAGGUUCCUGGUACCUGGCAUUUUAGAUGCACCAUACUCCCUCAAGAGGACAAGAUUCCGGCAAUUGUUUCACGUUUGACAGAGUUCCACAAACAAUUCAUGGAAGAGUUUCGCAACUGAGUUCCUGCUGCGGAACCAAUAGAAAUGUUAAACCCAUUCCCCCCCUUAAAUUAUGAGCUAUCUUUUGUUAGGGCGCUAAAUUUUCCAUAAUAAACCAACCUCCCAAUUCCUUCCUWACUUAUUACCUCAGAACCAUUUGAAAUUGUCUCAAAGUUGGGGAAUGAAAUCCAAUCUGAUUGUUUGAAAC